AAGACAACUCCACUAUAUAUGCAACAACCAAACCCAACAUUUCCAACAAAGUAACACUCGUAUUUCAACAAAAAAAGAGCAGCUGAAACCAACAAAAAAAGUAAGCAGUACAUUGAAAAAAGGUAAUGUCUGGGGCAGAGCUAUUCAAUCAAUUGCCGGAAGAUAUCAUUUCUUCAAUUCUGUCUCUUACUUCACCUAAGGAUACAUUUAGCUUCUCUCUUGUUUCUUCCUCUCUCCGUUCAGUUGCAGCAUCUGAUUUUCUCUGGCAAACAUUCUUGCCUUCCGAUUACAAGCAUAUUAUUGACAAAUCCGUCACACCAUUGAAGUAUUCUUCUAAAAAAGAGCUCUUUGUUCGUCUCUGUAACUCCAUUCUUAUUGAUGGUGGUAACAAGAGCUUUGCAUUAGAGAAAUCAAGUGGAAAAAAAUCAUAUAUAAUCUCAGCAAAAGAACUUUCCAUUUUAUAUGGGGAAGAACCAGAUCAUUGGACUUGGAAAUCCGUACCAGAUUCAAGGUUUUCAAAAGUGGCUGAACUGAAAGUAAUAUGCAGGCUAGAAAUUAAAGCAAGCCUAAAAACAAACAUACUAUCUCCAAACGCAAAGUAUGGAGUUUAUUUCAUCAUGAAAAUCUCUCAUCAGGCAUUUGGUCUGAAUUCAGUGGCUGCUGAGAUUAGUGUAGAAAUAGGCAAUCGGAAAGAAGUUCAACAUUGUGUGCUGGGCUCAACGGGAAUGACAAAUUUUGAAGAGAAACAGAGGGAUCAAAGACUGCCAUAUAAAAGGGAAGAUGGAUGGAUGGAAAUUGAGAUUGGAGAGUUCAACAAUGGUGGAGAUGAGGAGGAAGUUACAGUAAGUUUGAUGGAGGUGAAGGGUUGCCAUGUUAAGGGUGGACUAAUCAUUGAAGGCAUUGAAUUUAGGCCUAAACACUAAGGAAAAUUCGAAGAUUCUUAUCUACUCACUCACCAAUUCCUUUGGUUUUUUUUUUUCUGCAAUCAUAUUAUAAAUUAUUGAUUUAAUUAUCUCGUCCAUGUCAAA